CUCAUCUUUCUCCUCUUGCACAUCUUCUUUUCCCAUCCAUUAUCUCAUCCCCUCCGCAUUCGUAUCUCAUUCUCGCCAUGUCAAUACGAUUAGCAUUCAGAUUUCCCCGUACCAGUCGCUCGUUUCGUCCGCUUCUUCUCUCCCGAUCAUAUGCCACUCCCUCCCAAUCUCCUCGGCCGUCUCGGAAUCCUCCUCCCCCACCCGGUCUCGAAUCGAUCUUCGGCGGGUCCAAGGAAGGAACGACUGUCGCACCCAAAUCACCCGGACUUGAACCGCCAUCGGGACCUUCUGAACCGAAAACACCAGAUGUGGAAGGGCGCGGGAAGGAAGGACCCGAACGACCUGGGGUCAGUGGCGAGGAGAAGCCUCCUAGGAGACCCAAGUUGAGCGAUUUUGCUGGAAAUGCAGGAAAGAGGACGGCAACUGGAGGUGAUAGUGGUGGAGGAGACUCAGGUAAGAGUGGUAGUGGUGGCAGUGGACCGGGCAUGAGUAUCAAUCAGCUGCUUCUCGCGGUGACAGCUACAAUGGCCAUGUACUCCCUCUCUCAGCCAAGCGAACGGACACGUGAAAUAACAUGGCAAGAAUUCCGAAAUUCUUUGCUGGCCCGCGGUUUGGUUGCUUCGCUUGAAGUGAUCAAUCGGAGUACAGUUCGAGUACACUUGCAUAACCCUAUUCAGCCUUCCCAACCAUCCCCGUCCUCGACAAGUACACCCUCACUACCCUCCCCUCCUCACGGUCCGGCCCCUUACCAAUUCACCAUCGGUUCUCUGGAAGCUUUCGAAUCGCUGCUAAUCCAAACACAAGAUGAACUUGGCAUCCCACCCGCCGAGCGUAUCCCAGUAUCAUAUCGCGAGGAAGUGAACAAGUUUCAAGUACUGAUGAACCUCGCUCCUACGGUACUCACGGGAGCACUCCUGAUAUGGCUAUUACGGAGAGGCGGAUCAAUGAUGGGUAGUGGCGGUGGACCCGGGGGGAUUUUCGGCGUUGGAAAGAGCAAAGCAAAGCUGUUCAACAAAGAUGAAGCUGUAGCCAUCCGUUUCAAGGAUGUGGCAGGUAUGGACGAGGCCAAGGAAGAGAUCAUGGAGUUUGUCAAGUUCCUCAAGGAGCCUGAGAAGUACGAGCGACUCGGAGCCAAAAUACCGCGUGGUGCAAUCUUGUCAGGUCCACCUGGGACAGGUAAAACACUCCUUGCCAAAGCCACUGCGGGCGAAGCUGGCGUUCCCUUCCUCAGCGUGUCCGGAUCAGAGUUUGUGGAAAUGUUCGUCGGUGUCGGUCCUUCAAGAGUACGAGAUCUGUUCGCCAAUGCCAAGAAAAAUGCUCCCUGCAUCAUCUUCGUCGAUGAAAUAGACGCUAUCGGGAAGUCUCGAGGAAAGGGUGGAAGUUUUGGAGGUAACGAUGAGAGAGAAUCCACUCUCAACCAACUUCUUGUCGAGAUGGACGGGUUCGGCACAAACGAGCAUGUUGUGGUGCUGGCAGGUACCAAUCGACCUGAUGUACUUGAUUCCGCUCUCAUGCGUCCUGGACGUUUCGACAGACAUAUCGCUAUCGAUCGACCCGAUAUUGGCGGUCGACGACAGAUUUUCCAAGUCCACCUAGCACCGUUGAUCCUUGCUCCGGAACUCACGCUCGAGAGUAUCGCCGAGAAGCUAGCUCUAUUGACUCCCGGAUUCUCCGGUGCAGACAUUGCAAAUGUAUGCAACGAGUCUGCUUUGCGAGCAGCUCGUCGUGGAGGAGAUGCAGUGACGGAAGCCGAUUUCGAUGGUGCUAUCGAACGUGUCAUCGCUGGUCUUGAACGGAAAUCCAGAGUCUUGGGUAAAGACGAAAAACGUACUGUCGCUUAUCACGAAGCCGGUCAUGCAGUGUGCGGAUGGUUCCUCGAGUUUGCGGAUCCCCUUCUCAAGGUGUCUAUAAUCCCACGAGGUGUAGGCGCUCUCGGAUACGCACAAUACCUUCCGAAAGAACGAUUCCUCUUUUCCACACAACAACUUCUCGAUCGAAUGUGCAUGACACUGGGUGGUCGUGUGUCAGAGGAGAUUUUCUUCGGUAGUAUCACCACUGGAGCGCAGGAUGAUUUGCAGAAGAUUACCAAGAUGGCAUUUGAAGUUUGCGCGAAUUACGGUAUGAACCCCGAUAUCGGACCGAUCAGUUAUGGGAACAAUGAACAGAGAGGAGAGGGUGGGUUUCAAAAACCCUUUUCGGAAGCGACGGCACAGGCUUUAGACCAUGCAGUGAGGAAGAUGGUGCUCGAGGCACAUAAACGGACGACUGACCUUUUGACAAAGCACAAGACAGAGGUCGAGAAGGUUGCGAGGUUAUUACUGGAGAAAGAGGUCAUCACGAGGGAAGACAUGAGGACGUUACUGGGUCCGAGACCUUUCGACUCGGGCGAUGAGAUGGACCAGUAUAUCGAAAAAACUCUUGACAAGAAGAGGAAAGACAAGGAAGAGAAAGAAGCAAAAGAAGAGGCACCUCUGGAAGGUCCAGCACCACAAUUAGCUAUGAAAGGUACCGAACUAUGACCUUUUCAUCUGCCAUGCUUGUCUUUCUCUCUGUCAUUCAAACCCCAAUUCCUCUCUUCAAUCACUGAACGCUUAAGGUCUAAUGAGACAUGCAUUUCAUACUGUG